AAAACUAUUUCAACAUUCUUCUAGACCUUUGUAUUAAUUAAAAUACAGGGUUUAUGGCCUUAUAAAUAUAAAUUUAUGAUAGUGACUUUUAAGUAAAAGUGUUGUAUUAAUUGUCAUGUGUAGCUUGAAGCUAAUUGUAGCUAUAAUCUCUGUUACCCAAAUAUGAUUAUAUUUCAUUAAGUAUUUUAUCAAAAGAAAUACGAUUUUUAAUUAUAGUAUAAUCUAAGGGAUGUGGGCGGGCAAGCCAUGUAAUGCCAGAGUAAAGUAAUGCCAUAAUUUACACACCUUUUCCCCUUGACAAAUCAGUAAUAUUGUAAUAGCAAUAUUUCCAUCCCCUGAAUGUAAGCUUUUCCAUAUCCCAUGCUUUCCUGAUGCACUGGUGACUUCAUAUGGCUGUGCAAAUCAUGAAAAUUAUGACAAUAAAUCUAGGAAUUAUUGGAUUUCAAAUCAGUAGGGGUUGAGGCAUCAAAAGUAACUAUGUAGCUAGCUGUUUUAUGGAUGAUUACUGUAAUAUUAUUAGUAAUUAGUUACAUUACUAGUUUUCUGCUAAAUACUUUGUCGUUUAUUGUUGAAGAGUUGAACUCGUGGGCAGUGAAUGGUUAACUGGAGUGUUUGGAUUAAGACGCUAUCUUGGUAUCCAAGGACGAUUCCGAGCUCACACACCCUGACAACAUAUUAAAAAGCGAUGAAACUUUGCAACACAACUCUGCAGAACCGAUGCAUUUCAUGAAAUCUUCAACACAAAAUUUUAGGACGGCAUUUUUUUUUCUUCGGAGUCAAGGUACACUUUAAACUUAAUGUUAGACUGGUUUGUUGUCAGUAGGCUGCAAACGUAAUUUUUAGAAGUGUCUUCCCCCCCCACAAUAUUGGAUCAUCCUAGAUGUGUUUUUGAGUCGAUUAAAUUAAUUUGAUGCAAUCCAAGCCAUGUCUGGAAUUCAGCAUGCAUCCAAUCAAAGCAUCAGGCCUUUUAAAUCGAGCGAGGAAUAUCUCUACGCCAUGAAAGAAGACCUGGCAGAAUGGCUGGGGGAUUUAUACCACAUUGACAUUGACGUAAAUAAUAUUUUGGAGGUGUUAGAGACAGGUGCGCUGCUGUGUGCUCACGCAAAUAACGUGACACGCGUGGCGGACGACUUUCUGAAGAGGAGCGGACCCGCGGACAUCCAGCUGCCCGCUUCUGGAGUCACUUUCGUCAGCUCUGCCCAUCCGGCAACAUUCCUGGCUCGGGAUAAUGUCACCAAUUUCAUCAGCUGGUGUCGAAAAGAGAUGAGCAUUCCAGAUGUACUGAUGUUCGAGACGGAUGACCUUGUCCUGCGUAAGAAUGAGAAGAAUUUUGUGCUGUGCCUUCUUGAGGUGGCCAGACGGGCCUCUCGUUUCGGCAUGGCUUCGCCGGUCCUCAUUCAGCUGGAGCAGGAGAUAGAGGAGGAGAUUCGUGAAGAGAUGGAGGACUUCCCUGCUCAGCCCAAACCACAGAGGAGCUUGAUAAACAUCCAGAAUCUGGAUGAGAUGGUGCAGCUUCUGAUAAGCCGAUGCACUUGCCCAUCUCAGUUCCCCAUGGUGAAGUUAUCAGAGGGCAAAUACAGGGUUGGAGGCUCCAACAUGCUCAUAUUUGUGCGGAUUUUGAGGAAUCAUGUUAUGGUGCGAGUGGGCGGAGGAUGGGACACCCUGGAGCACUAUCUCGACAAACAUGAUCCCUGCCAGUGCACUUCUCUCAUACACAAGUUGACCACACGUCCAGGUACUCCGGUACAUGAGAUCAAAGAGCGGUUAACCACAACACAACCUGAUGGCCAGUGUAAUUCUCAGACAACUCUUAUGCUAAGCCGAACUCAGUCCCCACUUCAGCCAGUUGUCUGGACCCCUUCAGCUGCCUACAGAGCCCAGAGAGGAAGGCCCUCUCCCCCACACUCCUCCUGUUCCCCUGACCCUGAACAUCAGCCCUCCAGCCGGAGAAACAGCCCCUCUCCUAACAAAUUAAGAGAGAGACCGAGUACACCAUCUUGUGUGUACACUUGUGCUGACAGUAAAGACAGCUUGAAAACAAACUCCUCCAGAGGCAGAGAAGCAACAAGGACAUCACCAGCACCUCGUCUCACCAGUAGUCUUCCACGGGCCACCCAUCAUCUUACAACACCACAACCUGAGAUACAGCGUCCUCAAACUCCUCUAGUCCUUCAGAGGAACGCCAAUCAAAUACAAACCCAGCAAGUGCCUGAGAAGAAUCUGGGACAAACAUGGACCAAAUCACAGUUUGUUUCCAAACUGAGACAAUAUUCCACACUUGGAUUAAAAGGACGAGAGAACCAGGACAGAGCGCACCUUGUCUCGGACACGCAAGAAAAUCCAGGAGGGACCUUUCAGAGUCCUCCUAGAAAUACACAUUCAUGUUCCAAACCUCCAAACAUCACCAUUCAUGAGCCAGAGGACAAUGGGGGUCCCAAAAAUAGUCAAUUUUUCAUCCGUACCUUUUCUCCUUUUAAAGGCCUAAUGGGGGUCAUUUCAGAAGCACAACAGACCAGACCUAGAACACCUCCUAAGAUCUCUCAAGAAGAGUUCCCAGAUAAAAUUAAACAUAUUCUGGUUGUUAAUGAGAAAGACCAGCUUGAACACAGAGCAGAUAGUUCAGUCAGCAAGAAGGUACAGCACUUGGCCCUACCAGAGCUGAACAUUGGGCAGUCUCCUCACAUUAAAAGCUCAAGGAAAUCUUACGAAAGCUUCCUUGAUUCUCAGAAGUCUCAAAGAUAUUUAGGAGGUGAAGAGGGAGGAAUUGAGAGAAGUUAUCUCUUUACUCCUCCUCCUCUUAGCCCUGCUCAGGAAUCCAUCCUCUACAAGAGCCUAGAAGAGGAAAUCUUGUCCAAUCUACAGCAGCUAAGUGUUGACUCAGAAACUAGCACUAGCUCUGAUGAGAAGAACCACGAGAAUCCGAACAAUCCCAGAGAGAUCCCAUCUGACCACUGUAAAAGCUCUAACAGAUCAGCAAGUCUUGAUCGGGCAACACCCAACAGUGGAAACAGGGCUUUUGAUGCAGUCAUUGCUGAACUCUCUGGUUGUCAAAGAAAGCUGGAGAAGGUGUCAGUUGAGAAGUGGGUGAACACUCUUCAGGGUCUCAGAGGCAAAGUGGAGGAAGACCACAUUACCGCACAUCACCUUAAGGCCCCUAAACCUUAUAUGACCACUUCUUGGUCCUCGUUGGGAUCCAGUAUGGAUUCAAAGGAGACUGCUGAACUUGUGACGGUGCCAUUUGACAGCUCCAAUGCUGAGACCAAAAUUCCUCAUGGAAAAGGAUCAGGUUUAGGAACUGAAUGUGUAAAAAAGCAGAGGAGUUCUUCAUUCAAACAAAGGAGAUCCUUAAGGAAGCCAGAGAGAGUCCCAUCCAUCUUUAAGCUAAAACUAAGACCCUGUGUGCGACCGAGACGUGACCACAGGUCUGACCGAAAGCCUUCAAAGAUCCCAACACCAGUUUUCUACAAAAGAACAAGCUGUAAAGAGGGAAGCUCUCACAAUCAGAGAGGAAACGAUUCCCAACAUGGGCUUUUUGGCACAGACAACUCUCGAGGAAACACUUGGACUAAACCAAAAUCUCAGGUCCCAAUACCAAGUACAAAAAAGUGCCAAAGAGCAAACAAGGAGCCACAUGCAGAUCAAGAUCUGGAAUCCUGGGUUUAACCAAAUUUUGUUAUUUUAGAGUUUACUGAAAAUUUGACUGCCAAGCCGUAUGUUGGUCAAGGACUGUUUUACUUGCUAAAAAUGCACUUUUCCAAAAGCCUUCAAAAUCAGUUACAAAAAUCAUAGCACUUUCUUUAGAGAUUAAAGUCGUUAAAAUAGAUAUGUUGGUGGUUUGUUGAUUGUUUAUACAUAUAUACAUACUGUACAUGAACAAGUGCAGUACAUGAAUUUAUAAGACCCUCCUAGACAACAUUUUAAUGCCAUAGCAAAGUAGCCAGGUAUUUUUGUUGUUUUCCUUUACUCUUUGGUGUCUAAUUAAUUAAUGUGUAAAUGUUAACUCUAUGUGUUAAGAUGUUUACUUCACAAGUUCCACUCUGUACAAACUGUUUCAACUGUUUUUGUCCUGAAAGUCAGUGAGGUCCCAAACAACACUACAGCACACUGGCUUUGAUUGUAUGGACAAAAUAACAUUUGUAAAAAUCUCUUUUGUGUUCUACAGAACAAAGAAAGUAAUACAGGCUUGGAAUGACACGAGGAUGAAUAAAUGAUGAUAGAUUUUUUUUAUUUUUGGUUAGUCUAUGCUAUACCUAGCGCUGUUUAAAAUAUAAUUUGGUUUUGACUUAGACUUUAGAUUAUGGUUUGCAAAAAGAUUUCUCUGAAUUGAUAUCCUUUUUCAUUGCUGCAUUUCAUGAGCAUUUCUCCUCUGUCACACUCAGACAGUGGGGGGAAGGGGGGGUGCUUUAGAUGAAAUGGAUCAGAUGUUAUUCUUCCAUAUAAUCAGGUUUUUCACAGUUGAGGGCGAUGAAACCCCCAUUUAAUGAAAACUGAUACACUGAUCAUAUGAGCUUUGUCCAUGAACAGAAUUUUUAUGUUUUUACAUUUUGUAACAUGAUGUAAAUAUGUCAUGACUGGACAAGGAUUUGGCCCUGUGUGUUGUUUAUUCAUGUAAGCUCCACCAAGCAAUCUGGCGUUUCCAGUUACCUUAUGCUUCAGUGUUUUGGCUGCUGGUUUUAUAAAUAACUCUUGGCAUAAGUCUGGAGCCAAUAAUAGCUUCAUCAGAACUGCAGUCUGUCACACUGCAGCAGCUGUGCUCCUUUGCAACUUUCUUCUACUUGUUCCCUCCCUCCAACCCCAGUCCCCUUUGAUCCCCCGCUCCCCCUUCCUUAACAUCCACAGACUCUUGUCAGUGGAGAGGAGCACUUUGAAGAUAUCCUCGGAGGACUGUGAGAGCAUGAUACUGUGAGGACCUCAAUUUUGUGGACUCUGGAUAAAAAUAUUAAAUUUGGCAUUUUGGAAUUAGCAGAAUCUCAUCCAGUUAUUUAGAAUGUAAAAU